CUAGUACGGUCACACCGCCACCUGAAAGCCGCUGUCAAACUGUUGUCAAAAUAAAACUGUAAGAUGCUGCCAACAUUUUGCAAAUUCCUGGCCGUUUUCUGCAUCCUGGCGUGGCAGACUCACGCCACCGGCAACCUAAGCCCCGGAGCGGUCGGAGUCCAUCGUCGCUUCGAGUACAAAUACUCCUUCAAGCCCCCAUACCUGGCCCAGAAAGACGGCACUGUGCCGUUUUGGGAGUACGGUGGAAAUGCCAUUGCCAGUUCGGAGAGCGUGCGCGUGGCACCGUCGCUGCGCAGCCAGAAGGGAGCCAUCUGGACCAAGUCCCAGACCACCUUUGACUGGUGGGACGUGGAGAUCGUCUUCCGAGUGACGGGACGUGGCCGAAUCGGUGCCGAUGGUCUGGCCUUCUGGUACACCACCGAGAAGGGCGACUACAACGGACCAGUGUUCGGAUCUUCGGACCGUUGGAACGGUCUAGCCAUCAUCUUCGAUUCCUUCGACAACGACAACAAGCACAAUAACCCGUACAUCAGUGCGGUCCUGAACGACGGCACCAAGCAGUACGACCACACCAAUGAUGGCACCACUCAGCUGCUGAGCGGCUGCCUCCGGGACUUCCGUAACAAGCCCUUCCCCACGCGUGCGCGCAUCGAGUACUACAACAACGUGCUCACUGUCCUCAUCCACAACGGUAUGACCAACAACAACGACGACUACGAGCUGUGCUUGCGCGCUGAUAACGUGCAGCUGCCCAAGAACGGUUUCUUUGGUAUCUCCGCUGCCACUGGAGGCUUGGCCGAUGACCACGAUGUGUUCCACUUCCUUACCUCAUCCCUGCAUGCGGCGGGACAAGUAAACGACGCACAGAAGGUAGAGAAUCAGGAGAAACUGACCCAGGAGUACAAGGAGUAUCAGGAUAAGUUGGAGAAGCAGAAGCAGGAGUACAAGAAAGAUCAUCCCGACGAGCACAAGGAUGAUGAGGACUGGGAGGAAUUCUACGAGUCUGAGAAUCAACGUGAGCUGCGCCAGAUUUGGCAAGGUCAGAGCCAAAUCGCCGACCACCUGCGUGAGCUGUCCCGAAAGGUGGACGAGAUAAUUGGCCGCCAGGAAACCACACUGUCGCUAGUCUCCCGCAACGCUGGCCAAGCCCUGCCCCCUCCAGCUGCUGGUGUAGCCCCGCAACAGGCCUUGCCCACUGGUGCUGUUAGCAGAGCGGAUGUGGAUCUUCUGCUUACAAAUCAAAAUGUGCUACUUAGCUCCAUCCGGGAGAUACGCCAGUUGGUAGGCGAUAUCAAUGUGCGUACUGAUAAUAUUCAAACGAAUCAGAAGCACGCGCCCACCGCUCAAAUCCAGUCCGGCGGCUAUGAUGUGCAAACGCUCAUCGCCGAGAUGCGCGACGGCAUGAAUCAGGUCAAGCAGGGCAUUACCCAUGUGGGUCAAAGACUGGGAGCGCCACAGGGCGCAGCGCAGGUUGCCAAUUGCCCCACGGGUAACUGCGUGGGCGUUACAUUGUUCCUAAGCGUAACAGUUGUGCAACUGCUGCUAGUAUUUAUCUACAACAUUUUCAAAAACCGCAGCGAAGCCCAGGCGAAAAAGUUCUACUAGGCAUUGGAAACGUAACGAAGUACACACAAAAAAACGCCUACACAUUCAACACACAAGAGAACACUACAACUACACACCUGAAUAGGCAGCAACUGAGUUUAGUUGAUAUGAAAAUACUGAAGACUACAGCGUAGCUUUUUCUACCAAUACGCGCAACUGUUUAUUUUGAUUGAUUUACUUUUAAAGAUCAGUCGUCAGGGGUAUCGAAUCGAAAUUCAAAAUCGUUACCUAAUGGAAUAAUUAAAGAGAACAAGAUAUUUAAACAAUGAAUGAGCCUCAUGACAAUGCCACGCAAUACAAAAUGAAGAAACCGUCGAAGAAGCCACAAGACAAACUUCCCUUUUAGUAAUAGCCUGAAAAUCAUGUUUUUUUAAUUGUUUAGCAAAUCAAGUCAAAAGUUUACCAUUCUCAACUCUGCAUAUCAUUUCUGUGCAGGCAUUUCUAUAAAAAAAAAAACAAAAGAAAAGCAACACAAAAAAAAAAAUAUAUAUAUAUCAUAAAAAUCGUAAAACACAUAAAAAUGUAAAAGGAAGAAUUCCGUAAAUUUAGCAAAUUUUUGUAUAAUCUAUAAACGUUAGAGUUUGGAAACCAGUCAGCGAUAUCUUUUUAAUUUUCUACCAGGCCGUACCAGGCUCAUCAAAACAAGUUUCCAGCUUUCUUUUUUUGUUAAUUAGCAUGGAUGUGAAUUAUGUAAUUAUGAAUACGAUGAAAUUUUCUCAAUAAGUUUUCGUUUUAUACUGAAUAAUUCUAAUAUAUAUACAUACUGAUAAAUUAUAAAAGAAUUGAAGUGAA